AGCAUGGCGAGCGCGGGCCCGAAGCGUCGUGCGUCUGCGGCGCGGGCUGCCGUCGAAGAGGAGGCCGAGCGACAGGCGCGGGAGCGGAUGCUGGCGGCGCGGAACGAAGGCGAGACGGAGGCCGAGGGUGUAACCCUCCAGCGCUCCAUCACACUGCUCAACGGUGUGGCCAUCAUCGUGGGCACCAUCAUCGGCUCGGGAAUCUUCGUCACGCCCACAGGCGUGCUCAAGGAGGCCGGCUCACCCGGGCUGUCCCUGGUGGUGUGGGCCGCGUGCGGUGUGUUUUCCAUUGUGGGCGCGCUCUGCUACGCGGAGCUGGGCACCACCAUCACCAAGUCGGGGGGCGACUACGCCUAUAUGCUGGAAGUCUACGGCUCGCUGCCCGCCUUCCUCAAGCUCUGGAUCGAGCUGCUCAUAAUCCGACCCUCCUCGCAGUACAUCGUGGCGCUUGUCUUCGCCACCUACCUGCUCAAGCCGCUCUUCCCCACCUGCUCGGUGCCGGACAACGCGGCCAAGCUGGUGGCCUGCCUCUGCGUGCUACUGCUGACAGCCGUAAACUGCUACAGCGUGAAGGCCGCCACCCGGGUCCAGGACGCCUUCGCUGCCGCAAAACUCCUAGCACUAACCCUGAUCAUCGUGCUGGGCUUCGUGCAGAUCGGGCGGGGUGAUGUGUCAAAUCUGGACCCUAAAUUUUCCUUCAAAGGCACCAAGUUGGACGUCGGGAACAUUGUGCUGGCGUUAUACAGUGGCCUCUUUGCCUACGGAGGGUGGAAUUACUUGAAUUUUGUCACAGAAGAGAUGAUAAACCCCUACAGGAACCUGCCCCUGGCCAUCAUCAUCUCUCUGCCCAUCGUUACUCUGGUGUAUGUGCUGACCAACCUGGCCUACUUCACCACCCUGUCCACGGAGCAGAUGCUGGCCUCCGAGGCCGUGGCCGUGGACUUUGGGAACUACCACCUGGGGGUCAUGUCCUGGAUCAUCCCGGUGUUUGUGGGCCUGUCGUGUUUCGGAUCCGUUAACGGGUCUCUCUUCACAUCCUCAAGGCUCUUCUUCGUGGGGUCCAGGGAGGGCCACCUGCCCUCCAUCCUCUCCAUGAUCCACCCGAGGCUCCUGACUCCCAUGCCGUCACUGGUGUUUACGUGCGCCAUGACCCUCCUGUACGCGUUCUCCAACGACAUCUUCUCCGUCAUCAACUUCUUCAGCUUCUUCAACUGGCUCUGUGUGGCCCUGGCCAUCAUCGGGAUGAUGUGGCUUCGCUACAAGAAGCCUGAGCUAGAGCGACCCAUCAAGGUGAACUUGGCCCUUCCUGUGUUCUUCACCCUGGCCUGCCUCUUCCUCAUCGCCGUCUCCUUCUGGAAAACCCCCAUAGAGUGCGGCAUUGGCUUUGCCAUCAUCCUCAGCGGCCUGCCUGUCUACUUCAUCGGGGUUUGGUGGAAAGACAAGCCUAAGUGGCUUCUCCAGGGCAUCUUCUCCACCACCGUCCUUUGCCAGAAGCUCAUGGAAGUGGUCCCCCAAGAGUCCUAGC